GGGGAGGGACGUGAGAAAAAAAGGCCAAGCCCUGGGGCCAUGCACGCGUGCAUGCUCGCACACGUGUUUCCGCACCUCGACUCGCCAUCCGACCCCAGAACUAUAACUAUCCCAUCAUGGAGCCCAAGAGGCGCACCGCGUGCGAUGAGUGCAGAACAAGGAAGCUCAAGUGUUCGGGCGGACAGCCCCGCUGCGAGCGCUGCGAGCGGGAACGCAUCGAAUGCGUCUACUCGCUCCAGAAGCAGAUGGGCCGUCCGCGGAAGCGGAGGAGGGACGACCCCAACCUGACCCCGACUGACCACUCCGUCGAGUUCGGUUUGCUUCAAUCAGCCUUUGCGGCGGGUGGCGAGCUUGACACCGACGCCACCGCACUGCCGUCUCUCAAUCACCAGCAUGCCAUAGACCCGCUGCUUGACGAUUCCAGCUUGGAUGCAAUCUUGGGUGCACACCCGCUCCCAGACUCUGGUUAUUCUGAUUCUCACGUUCAGUGUGCAGACCCGGAUGACGCCCCUGCUUUUGACCUCCCGUCGCCCUUUAAUCCGCCAUGCUCAUGCCUCUCAAACAUGUAUUUGACACUUUCGAGCCUGCAAUCACAACCAUCCUUCACUUUUCCUUACAGCCUACCGGUUAUUCAACGCGCAAUGGCGACGGCUGCCGCAGUGCUGAAGUGCCAACAAUGCCCAAAGGGAGCCGCCUCGGCAAUUCAGAACCUCCAUCAGCUAAGCAGCACCCUCAUGACCAUUGUGGACUGUUUUCACAGAAUUUUGAUUUCAAUUGAUGAGGAGGCCAACCGCGUCGAUGCGCUCGGCAUCACUAAACCCUUUCACAUAGCCGACGCAUCAGCGCCUCCUGAAAUGCAUACAGGAACGUCAGACUGCCCCGCCAGAUUCGGCAUGGAUCUCACUGGGCAAGAGUGGAGGACAAUGGCCAGGAGGGUGCUAAAGACUCGGUUUGUAGGCUCGGCCUCGGAUUCAGACGACAUGAGUCUACAGGGUAUCGUGACGCAGUUUGAAAGAAGGCAGAACCACUGGCAUGAAGACCCUCAUAUCUGUCGGCUUCGUGCUGGAACGUACGGCGAACAGGCCGCAGCAAGAAUGGAUUCUGAUCCCGAACAAAGAAUUUGUGGAAAGAUGGUUGAGCAUGUCCGAGGCUCAAUUUUAGGACUUGGGCUUUGAGUGCAUUUGUUUUUUAAAACAGGAGAGGGUAUGAGCUGGCGAAUCAGCUACAUAUCUCCAGAGUUAACCAAAGAAACCCUUUUCAAC